AUGGAUUUAGAUAUUGAAAACAUUUGCAGGAUUUGUCUGGAACAUUGUGAAAGUCUUAAAACUAUAUUUGUGGUGCAGGAUAAUUUGAAUUUGAAGAUUUGUGAUGAAAUUAUGUAUUGCACUAUUGCAAAGAUAGCAGAAGAUGAUGAACUGCCUUCAAAAAUUUGUAAAGCUUGUUUAAAUAAUUUAAACAUCGCUUGUAACUUCAAAAGACUAUGCGAGUCCUCAGAUUCGAAACUAAGAAUGUAUAUAUUAGAUAAGAAUGAUAAAAAUAACAAAUUCGAUAUGGAAAUUAAAGCAGAAUUUGACAACAAUGACAAUGUAGAUAGUUUAAGUAUAGAUUGUGAUAAUGAAAAUGAUCCAAUUGAAAGUAAUUCUAAUGUUGCACCUAAGAAUAAAGACAUCCCAAUGCCUAAAAAUAUGUGUGAAAUUUGUGGCAAAAGAUUCCGUUCCUCCUACGACCUGAAAACACAUUCAGCAGUCCACACCACCCAAAGACCUUACAAAUGCAACGAGUGCCCCAAAGGCUUCAUACGAUCCUCCCAACUAAAAGCACACAUGAAAGACCACAUUUACAGAGAACGCAAGCACUUAUGCACAAUUUGUGGCAAAGGAUUCUUCACCACAUCAAUACUCAAAAAUCAUGUAAGAACUCACACAAAAGAACGUCCGUAUAAAUGCAAAAUUUGUGAUAAAAGUUUCAUCCAAAGCGGAGGCUUGACAACACACAUGUUGGUGCAUACCGGGUAUAAAGGACAUAUUUGUGAUAUUUGUUCUAAAGCCUGCACCACUCGGUCUGAUCUCACAGUUCACAUGAGGACACACACUCGAGAAUGUCCUUAUAAAUGUGAAUUUUGUUUCAAAGCCUUCAAGACAGCCAGUAAUUUAUUAAAACACAGACGACAGCAUCUGAAUGAACGGGAAUUCAAAUGUGAAUUUUGUAAUGCUUCUUUCAAUUUAAAUGAAGGUCUUAAGAAACAUAUUAUGACCCAUACAGGGGAACGACCGUAUAGUUGUAAAACUUGUGGGAAAUGUUUUAUUUCUCAUAGUCGACUUGCUAAGCAUAAAAGGGUGCAUACUAGAGAACAGCCCUAUAGUUGUACGAUUUGUUCAAAGAAGUUUGGAUAUUCUUAUUCUAGAAAUGUACAUAUGAAAAUACAACAUAGUAUAAGUGAUGGGAAACAGAUUAGUGUAAAUUCUAGUAAAAAUCAUGAAGGUGGAGAAAAUGUUCAAGCGGAAUCAAUAAUUUUGAUUUGA